AUGGCUCUGACACUUCUCCUGAUCCUUUGCCUGGUGUUAGAAGCUAGAUCGAAUCAUGAAGAAAGGCUUAUUCAUGACUUGCUAGCCAACUAUGAUAAGAGGAUUCGACCAGCAAAGACCCAUGGAGACAUCAUUGAUGUGACACUGAAACUUACACUAACCAAUCUCAUUUCAUUGAAUGAAAAGGAGGAAGUACUUACCACAAAUGUCUGGAUUGAAAUACAAUGGAAUGAUUAUCGCUUGUCCUGGAACAAGUCCGAAUAUGAUGGGAUAGGUGUGGUCAGAGUUCCAUCCAACUUGCUCUGGCUUCCUGAUGUUGUCCUUGAGAACAACAUUGAUGGUCAGUUUGAAGUUGCUUACUAUUCCAACGUUCUUGCCUAUGAUACUGGCUAUAUGUACUGGCUGCCACCUGCUAUAUAUCGAAGCGCCUGUCCUAUUGCUGUGACAUACUUCCCUUUUGACUGGCAGAACUGUUCCCUUGUCUUCAGGUCACAAUCAUACAAUGCCCAUGAAGUCAACUUGGAGCUAUCAGAGGAAGAAGGAACGUUGAUUGAGUGGAUCCACAUUGAUCCUGAAGACUUCACUGAGAAUGGUGAGUGGACAAUAAGACACAAGCCUGCAAAGAAGAAUAUCAACUGGCAGUUCACUAAGGAUGAUAUCGAGUACCAGGAGAUCAUCUUCUUCCUGAUUAUUCAGAGGAAGCCACUGUUCUACGUCAUCAACAUCAUUGCCCCCUGUGUCCUCAUUUCCUCACUGGUGGUCCUUGUCUACUUCUUGCCAGCACAAGCUGGAGGUCAAAAAUGCACUCUUUCGAUAUCUGUGCUUCUGGCACAAACUGUCUUCCUGUUCUUGAUUGCACAGAAAGUUCCGGAAACAUCAUUAAAUGUUCCACUCAUUGGAAAAUAUUUAAUAUUUGUGAUGAUUGUAUCAAUGCUGAUUGUAACGAACUGCGUUAUCGUCUUAAAUGUCUCCCUGAGGACACCCAACACUCACAACUUGUCUGAGAAGAUCAAACACGUGUUCCUGGAGUUCCUGCCCCAGUAUCUAGGCAUGCAUUUAGAGCCUUCCGAGGAUACUUGGAACAAACCCCAACCGAGGCGCAGGAGUUCCUUUGGGAUUAUGAUCAAAGCGGAGGAAUACAUUCUUAAAAAGCCAAGGAGUGAGCUAAUGUUUGAUAGACAGAGAGACAGACAUGGUCUGAAGAGAAUAAACAAUAUGACAGCAGAUAUUGACGUUGGAACAACAGUUGAACUCUACAAAAAUCUGGCUCACUUCGCCCCAGAGAUAAAAUCCUGCGUUGAUGCCUGCAACUUUAUUGCCAAAAGCACCAAAGAACGGAAUGACUUUGGCUCUGAAAAUGAAAACUGGAUUCUGAUUGCAAAAGUCAUCGACAAGACAUGCUUCUGGAUCGCUCUCCUUCUGUUUACCAUUGGCACUCUGGCAAUCUUCCUCACGGGGCACUUCAACCAAGUACCAGAACUCCCCUUCGCGGGAGACUCCAAGAAAUAUGCGCCAGAAUAGAAUACUUCACCCGUCCCCUUCCUAAUCCUAAUUCAGGUCCAGAUACAUUUCUGACCUUGCUCUGUUUAAUUUUUAAUCUUUUAAAAUAAAUAAGUAGCUACUGCAUCUGUUCAGAACUGGUAAGCCACAUUGCUUCUAGGCUGGGUUUUAAUUUCCAGGUAAUAUGUUGGCUUAUCUCUUCUUCAAUGUGUUGUAAUGUCAUUAUUUAGCAGCAUUGGUUGGUCGGGGCUGGGGAGUAGAGAGAAUGGGGUGAUUUAAAAGCUGCCCCAUGAUCACCAUUAAUUUCAUCCAUAAAUCAUUUUUAAGAAAGGAGAAAACUUUUCACCCUCAGUCCACAUUUAAGAAAAAAAUCAAGGACUGAACAUUUUUUAUUUAUGACUUGUGCUGCGUC